GUCCCAGCACGUGCUUGUUGAUUAACCAUGAAACUUGUUGUUAAUGUGAUUGCCUGUGAUGUGCUUAGCACCCUUUUAGGAAGAAGAAAAGGCCAGAGAGUUGGAAAGACAACGACAAGCUCAACUGCGCGAGGAAGAGGAGAAAGCGGCGCAAUUGCUGGAAGAAGAGAUUUUGUUGGAAGAUCCUAGUGAGGUUCCACCAGAACGAAAAAUGGAGCUUGAGAGAUCUAAGCUGAAUUUUAAAUGUCGAGUUGCAUGCCGUUUAUAUGGAUGUCCUGCUCAUUACAUGUUCAGCAUCUCAACUGUGUGA